GGAACUCUAAAGAAGAUGGGUAACUCUAAAUCGUCGUCGUAUUCGAUGACCCGACUCGGCCGGAGUAAGUCGGAAUGGAGGCCCAAGAAGCCAAAGGACGAGGGUACACUGAAGCGCUCCAACUCACAAGUGGACCUAAACUCCGCUGAGAUACCCCAAGACCUGACAGUGGAACGCAUAUGCCUUCCGGAUUCCAAGUCUUCCGAGGACAAAGCAAAGCACGCCGAAGAACCUGUUAAUGACGAGCUGCACGUAAGAGUGUCAACCAGUGACUUUGCAGACGACAUGGAGGGGAAAUUUGGUCGCAAGAACAAGGAUGCAGUGUCGGAGAAGCGGCAGGCAGCUCUCCCAAUCAGUGGAGGGGUGCGGAGACUCUUGCAAUCGAGGAAAAAUCAAAGGCAGAUCAAGUACGCCACGUAUUCUCCAAAGCGGAGCGGAAGCACACUUUCCAGGAAUUCUUACUAUGACAAUGUGGAUGAUAAUGAUUACCCGCAACGCAAUGGUGAACGCUCGUUACAAGGAAAGGAUUUGGCAUAUUCCCAGGAUGGGUACAUACAAGACUCUGAUAUUGUGAACAACCAGAAUAGAAAGAUAAGUUCAUCAGAGAUUUGCGUGGAAGGUUUGUCCACACCCGGUAGUAUCGACAACCCAGUGAUAUCAGCCACAACAAAUGGUAGCAGGACAUCAUCACCUCGGAGGUUUGUAGGAACUGGUAGCAAUAGCACUAGUCCAAGGAAUGCAUCCUCAGUUGAUGCACAUUCACCCAGUCUUCCGUUAGGACCGGGCGUCCUGAAGAGUGCAAAGUUCAUCGAGGACAAUGCCGCCAACUUUGAGUUGGCCAACACCAUCAGAAUAGCUGGGAACCACCAUGAAACCAUGAACGGUAAUUUCAUCAGCCAAAACAGGGCCAUGACCCUGAAGUAUGGCAACAGUGCAGGUGGGCGAUUGGAAAAUGGAGCUGGUAACGCGCCCAAGACAAAACGCUCGCACAGCUUCAACACAAGAACUACAAACUCCCUGUCCAACGAUAACAACGUGGACAGAUUGGAGAGAUAUAACGAGGAGGAUAACACGCUUGUGCAGGAUUACGAAGCACAUCUCAGGAACAUAACAGACAACUCUGACAGCGGAUUCGAUGGGACGCUGCCCGAAAGCGAAUCCUGCACCAAUCACUCGGCAUCCAUGGGGCAGGGACCGCUCCUGCCCAAGUGGAGGAAGCGGAAGACCUUUGGAAGCGAUAGCGGAAGCAGUUCCGGGGUGAGGGGGGAUAAUGGGACAAUGACCUCGAGUGAAGGAAGGCACUCGCAGCACGAUGUGGACUUCUUGGAUUCCACUGAUGGCAAAGAUUUUUACAUCAGAGAUGAGGAUGAUCACGUGGAAGAGGAAGAAGAGGAGAGUCAGUCCCUGAGCUCCCUUCACAGCCAGACCUCGUGUUACCAGCAGGGCGGGGCGACCAGGAAGGCCGGGUGGCUCAACGUAAAGAGCAUGCUGGUGCAGAGGAAACGCAAGCUGGAGAGGGCCAAUAAGAGAUCUUGGAAGGAGUACUGGGUUUGUCUAAAGGGCACGAUGCUGCUGUUUUACACUUGCUCCGAGAAGACCGCUCCUGACGAGAACAGUGAGCCGCGACACAUACUCGUGGUGGAAGAUGGUCUAGCCCAGGCGGUCCCGGAACAUCCAAAGAGGGACAACAUCUUUUGCCUCAGCACGGCGUUCGGCGAUGCCUACCUCCUACAAGCAAACAACCAGAUAGAGCUGGAGAACUGGGUGACAGCCAUUCAUUCAGCUUGUUCCUCUGCAUUUGCAAGGCAGCAUGGGAAGGAUGACACCCUCCGACUCCUCAAAUCUCAAAACCAAAAGCUGGAAGACCAAAUUGAUCAAGAGAAUAAGACUAAGAAAAUGGCUGAACUUCAGCUGAUGACGGUGUCUGAUGCCAAAAAUAGACUUGCCAUCGUUAACCAGAUCUCUCAGUGGGAGCAGAACCUGGAGAAGCUCCACCUGGAGCUGUACCGGCUCCGCUGUUACUCCACCUCCCUCCAGGGCACCGAGCUGCCCAACCCCAAGACCCUCCUGGCCUGCGUCGGCAAGCAGACCAAGGCCCACCUGGGACGGCUCGGCUUCUUCUCCGUCUCAUCUUUCCAUGCCCUGGUCAGCGCCAGGAACCCGGCUGGCAUCCAGGGACGCUUCACCAAACCCAAGUCCAAGAAGCAGAAAUCAUUUUUUGGUACACUAAAGAAGCACAAAGACAAGUCUUCAAGUCAACACUGUGACACAUCGUCAACGUCGACACACGUUGCUGGGGAGCACGAGGAUGUGGAACCAGAUUUUGAUGAUGAAGAAGAGGCAUUGGAAUUUGAGGAUCCUGGACAGUCAUUUGACGAGGACACACUGGUCAGUCACAACGAGUCAACCACCUCUGACCAGCUCAGCGAGGGUUCCCUAGUCAAGGUGCUCCUUCCCGAUGACCAAAGCUCCAUGGUAACGGUCAGACCGGGAAUGACCGUUCAUGAUCUUCUCAUUAGCAGCUGCACGAAUCGUAAGAUGGACUAUCACAACUACUACGUGAGAUUCAAAGUGGCGAUGAGGUAUGGAGCAAACUACAACAUUCCAGAUAAAACAGCCAUUCUAUCUGAUGAGAAAUACGAUGAGAUUGAGAUCUGCACCAAGAGUAUCCACCAGGUUGAACUGUACAAGGUUGACGAGAGCGGAACGUUUGGUUUAUCCCUGGAGGCCGAGCUUGGUGAUGACGUAGAACAAGAAGAUCAACUUUGCGUUUUCAUCAGUACAUUAGAGUCUGGAGGACUAGCCUAUCAUCAGGAUCUGCAAGUCGGGGACGAGAUCCUGGUCUUCAACGGCCGGGUGGUCUGCGACCUCGACAUGCUUUACAUCGAGAACCUGCUGCAGACGAGCACCUCCCUGACGCUGACAGUGCGUUCCUGCCGCUCGGUGUUCGCCCAGACCCAGGCCAUGCAGGAUACCAACCGCUACAUCGAUCAGCUGACGUGCCCUCCGCCUCCUCUCCAGACCCGGCUGACGGACGAGAUGAUCGACACCCUCAUCGUCCCCUCCCCUGCAGCUUAUGAAGAUCAAGAAGACGAAGAUCAGUCUUCGGAAUCGAGCACCAACCCGUCGAUUCCUGGCAGAGACGGCACACCUCUUCCACCAGCAUCCUUCGAUACUGUCACCGACAGCAUCAGCAACGGCAAGGAAAAGCCGCCCCUGGACAACAAGCAGAUCGAGCAGUUGAUGAAAAACGCCGAACAGGUCACCGAGUUCUGCCGCACCCUCGAGUUCCGUCAGAGCGUCCGUCGCAACAAUUUCACCCGGUCGGUCGGGGCCCGGGAGAGCCAGUUGAUGGAUAUGCCGCCUCUGGAGGUUCUCCAGGCGGCUCAGAAGCUGCGGAAGGUCAUCACCGAGCUCCUGGACACCGAGAGGGCGUACGUCAGGGAUCUGAACUGCCUGGUGUCCAGGUACUUGGAACCUUUGCAGAAUGAGGCGUUCUUAACUGCAGAUGAGAUUGAUGCUCUAUUUGGUAAUAUCAAGGAAAUAAUCAAGUUCCAGACUACAUUCCUGAAAUCCCUCGAAGAUCCCAUCUCAAAGCAGCAAAACUUUUCCACCCUCGAUAAUCCUGAUGACUUCAAGAGGAUUCUAUUUUCCCUGGGAGGUUCUUUCCUCUACUACAUGGAGCACUUCAAGCUCUACAGUGCCUUCUGUGCUUGCCACUCCCGCUCCCAGAAGAUCCUGGACCCUGCCAAGGGAAACAGCGCCCUCAUGCAGUUCCUGGAGGCCAGGAAUCCCAAGCAGCAACAUUCCGCGUCUUUGGCCUCCUACCUGAUCAAGCCCAUACAGAGGGUGCUUAAGUACCCCCUCCUCCUCUCUGAGAUGCGUACCCACCUAGACCGCGACAGCUACGAGCACUACCACCUGUCCGAAGCGCUCAAGGGCAUGAACAAGGUCGCGGAGCAUAUCAACGAUAUGAUGCGGGUCCACGAGGAGUACGGGGCCGUCUUCGAUACCCUGGUCGCCGAGCAGUUUCAUAUCAAGAAGGAGAUUGCGGGAUCGAAGGUACACGAGCUUGCAAUGGAUGAUCUAGUGAAGUACGAGAAUAUGACCUGGCUCAACUGUCACGAUGACCUUCCAAAGUACAAGAAAGGGCGUGAACCCGAGGUCACUGUCUUUGUCUUCCGACCAGCGGUGGUCAUCGUAUGCAAGGAAAGGAGCCGCAAGAAGAGCAUGGUCAAGCUCUCUGGAACUGGGACACUGAAAGGAAACCCAGAGGACCUGAUCAAGUUCAAGUGGAUGGUUCCGAUAUCAGCCAUGCAAGUCAAGGAGACGUGUUUAUCAGAAACUGACUACUUGUGUCUAUGGGAGCUGGUGCACCUCAAAGGGGAGGGAAAAACAGAAAAGGUCUUCCAGUUUUCAUUCUGCUCUUCCGACUUGAGGAACUCAUUUCUGAAAGUGCUUCGGCAGACCCUGAGGGAUUACCAUCGUUCAAAGACUACCCCGGGAGGAGGAGGCUCAAAGUUUAACAUCAAGAAGAACUACACACCUUACGGCGGCAAGCGCUUUGAGAAUUUAGGGCGCAACAAACGAACCCUGCGUAAAACGAUGGCAAAGUCCGAUGGGGGUUCGUCGGCAGGACAGAGCGAAGCGGGAUCGUUGGGUAGCGAGGAGAGGUCCAGCGAAAGCGGGUCCCACCGCUCAGACCCAAACUAUGACGAUACGGACUCGACGGGCACGGGGCGGGGGUCUUUUGACCAUGACCGUCGGGAUCCGAGCUCCAUCAUCAUCACAAGCCUCCAACGUGAGGAGAGUGAGGGUUCCCUGAAUUGCAACGGGAACAACAGUCUGCAAAGGGGAACAAGUUGUGACUCCAGCAUUCCCAACUCUCCGGCAUCUCCUGGUGUGCCACCUUUCACACCAACGACCCAUGCAUCUCAUCCCAACACCCUCCAUUCUGAAGACCCUCUCAGAACUCUGACGCCCGAGUCCAGUGCUGGCGCUCAGGGUCGCAAAGGACCACACAGACCAUUAACUCUGGACCUGUCUUUAGUCCACGCCCAGCAACAGUCGAGUACUCCGAGCGAGCCCUACACCCCAAACCUGGAGGACAUAAGAGCUAGGUUGGCUGAAAUAGAAAUGGCUGUCGAGGACCACCAUUGAUAACAGUAUUGCCGGAGCUUCCAUUCUUGGCUAAUCCAUUUUUUAAACAACAUUGGAGUUUUUUUAAUCAGACUCAUGGAAAGGGGCCUACUACAAGUAUUUGCCUUUUUUAAUACCACUUUUUUAUUGAUGUUACCAAUUUGUGUUUAAUGUAAUGCUACCGAUGCUGUGGAUUUUUUUUCCUUAAUCCAAGAUAAAGUGCAUAAAAUACUCAGGAUAAAUGGUGGUAUGUGCUUGUUUUUUUUCAACCGUCUACAUGUACCUUUGCCUACCGAUCGAUUCACGACAACGUAAAGCAUCGCAAUAUAGCAAUGAAUGCUGCAUUUUUUUAGGCAUGGAUGAAGUUAUGUAUGUGUAUCCUUCAUCAGAAUUAAAGCCUGCAUGUUUGUACCUGAACAACAGAAUUUGCAGUAUAAAACAUAGCAGACACCUACAGAAUAUAAGAGAAACCUGGGCCCCGUCUUACAAAGAGUUACAAUCGAGUCAAUCAAUCGUAACUAUGGAAAUCCAGUGUCGUAAUUUUUUCUACAGGAAAUGUGCAAAAUGUCCUUUGUUAACCAAGGAGAACGCACCAAUUGUCAAGAAAUCAAUGAAUUUAUGGAUAUACAUUCAUAUCUAGUAAAUUUUUGUGAACAAAAAUGCAUUUCAUAUGUUGACUUUGCUUGCUUUCCAUAGUUGCAAUUGAUCGGGUCAAUCGCAAAUCUUUGUAAGACGGGCCCCUGAUUUAAAUAUCAUAGAUUAUAUAUAUUCCAUCAGAAUCCCUUUUGUCUCCAAGCCAUAUUCCUUGAGAUUAUAGCAAGAAGGCAUUGUAAAGUUUGACAAAUCCCUUUCUCAAUCGGUUGUGCUCCCGUUAGUGGUCAUUUGGUUGCAAUAUCCAGUACAAUACACAUGGUUACAAAUGGUUGUGAAACUAAUUGUGAGAGCCCAUUGACGCAGUGCGGAAGUUGCGUCUUGUAAGUAGUAAUAAUCUUAUUUAAUGUAAAGAUAGUGCCAAUAUUUUUGUACAGUAUUAGUUGUAGAGGAUAAAGGAUCAUGGAUAUUAGAUUUGCUGAUUUUGAGAAUGGGUUAUGCAGUGGUAUGCAACACGUGGAUAGUGGUUCGCAAUGUGUAAUAGAAAGUUGUACGAAGUUUAAAGCCCAAAAGGCUUUCAGUGACGUAAAGAACCUUAGAGAACUGAUGCGAGAAAAUAUUUUGAAUCAAUUGCAAAUGUUCUGUUGCAAUUUUACAAUUUAGAGAUCAAUUUUAAUUGCAGCAAGUCAGAUUUCACUCCUUGUUAAAGAAGCAAAUCGAUAAAUGUCUAUAUUGGAGCAGUUUGUUUAUCUGUGCCCUGAGAAACGUAGCUCUUUCGAUUGCAUUUCCAAGUUUUUCUACAAAAUUUAAGUAGGCCCUAUCAAGGCCACAGCACACCUUCCGUUUGGUCUGCGACCUGAUUUUGGAAUGAAAUAUAGUGACAUGGAAUUUCUUACAGUGGAAAGUUCUAAAUUGUCAUGGAAAUUGUUAUAAAUUAUUUGCAUGUCUGGCUACGCUACCAUCAUUAUUAGAUUAAAUGUGAAUUUAAUAUCUAGCCGUAAUGACUUUAUUAUAACUAUUGUACGAUUGGCUACAAUUUGAAACAAACUUGGCCUUACCUCCAAACUAAAGGCUUGCAAUCCAAAAUUAUGUAUUCUUACAGCUUAUUUGAUUUCUCAAAUACAAAGUUAUUUUUCAUUCACAUUCUAAGAAAAUUAGCAAAAUUUCAAUUUUUUUCCCCAAAAAAAUCGGGUCGUGGACCAGUCGUAAGGUGUGUGGAGGGCCUUAGCACACAAAAAUGUACUUUCAAUGAAACUGUCAAGUCUCUGGCCUACACUAAAGGCCCCAGCUCAUUUGCGAGUCAACCACUAUAUGGUCAGUAGUAGGAGGAUGUAGUGUUCAUGUAUAAGAUUUUUGUUCUUUACAAAAAUAAUGAAAGUUGGUUAUUGGUGCGAUGUUCUUACACGUGCUAUGGCAUUUUGAAGUGCAAUACGUCUUUGUGUUCUCAAGGCUGUAUCCCUUUUAGUGUACAUAUAUUAUUGAUGCUCUCUCAAAGAUUAUUUUAUAUGUUUGAUUUCAUUUUCUUUUGUGAAGAGCAGUAUUUUUUUUUCGUUUGCUUUUAAAUAAACACACAAAAGCAUUGGAUGAAAUUGAAGAAUGAUUUAUCUAUGGGUUAGAGUCAAUGCAAAUCAUUUGUUCGAGAUAUAGUCUUUGCUAUGAAGGUAAUAUUCUCAUCUUUUAAUUAAAUGAUGCCUUCUCUCUGUAGAAAAAAAUAUUCUUCGCAGAAAGACGAAUUAAAUAUUCUGUGCCAAGUAGAUAUCAUUUAGUAAUAAAUAUACAAGGUAAAGUUACAUCAUUACUUUGAAAGAACUUGACUUUUGUUUCUUUCAAACCGUAGGCAAUGGUUUUUUAUGUGCACAAUACUGUCCUAUUAGUUUCAUUUCCAACAUGCAGUGCUCAUUGUUUUGUUCCUAAGUAAUUUAUGUUUUUAUAUAAUGUCAUGAAUUAAAGGUUUUGUCUUCCUUUACGUUAACAAAGGAAUAAAACAAUUGAAUUGUUACUUGAUCAGGUAUCAAUAUGGAUGAAAAAUAAACCCCUUUUCUACUUACUAGACAUCAGUUUGCACCUAUUCUUAUCAAGUUAUUUGGAAAUGAACACUUUAGUGAAUGUUAUUGAACAGCAAUUUUUUUCAUGAGAAUCAUGCAGUUGUAUAAGCUAUCUUCUUACAUGUUCCAAUUUGCCUGAUUUGUAUAGUGACUGGAAAAAAAAAAUAUGUCUUCAUAUCCCCCGUAACAUUGAAAACUUAUUUUUUGUUUUCCUUGUGAUAGCUUUUGCAGAUCUUAGACAAAAUGUGGUGGAAGUCCUCAUCACACUAUUAGCAGGGGAAAGAAAGGCAUCAAAGUUUUGAAAACGUUUGAUGUACUGUCAAGUUUGUCUGAUUGCAAAGCAGAAAAGGAAUAAUAAAAAAUCUUAACUUAUUUAUUGAAAAUGACACAGAUCAUAUCUACAAUAUCAGAAAUGUGGUCAGGGAUAGAUUCUCUAGCUACUGGCGAUGAUUGAAAUGAGAAAAUAAUUAUUAUGUAUAUUCCAGAUUUUAUCACAUUUUGGAAUUAGAUUUGAAUGAUAUUGCACAUUUCAAAGUAACCUUUAAUAGUGAUUUAUCAUGAGCGCAGAGUUUAAACUGCUGGGCAGUUUUUAAUUGAGAGUCUAUAGUAUGUGAAAUUAAAUAUAUUUAGAAGUUUUAUGCUGCAGUCACAUUUCCCCUACGGCCCCCGUACAGCGAAUCAAAAACAGCCGUUUUAUCGAAUUUUAUUCAAACCACCCAUAUGUUGCUGGUACAAAAAAUGUUAUAAUGGCUGUUUUCGACUCACCGUAUGGCGAUCGUAGGGGAAAUGUGUUUGCGCCAUUAUUCUCACUGGAAUGUAAAUUUUCACUGAAACAAUAUACUAAUAUUUCAAUUCUUUCAUGUCAGCACUGAAUGAUUUAAAGAGAUUUUUUUGAUGAAUAUUGAUCUACAAGUGAAGCAUUAUUUCAUGUAAUAUCUUGGAUAUUAUAUCUUUUAUAAGAGAUGUAAAUGGGAGUAUAAUUAAAAUCUCAGUUUCAGAUCUAAAAAAAAUCA